AUGGGAAAUGCGAUAAAAAUCGAGGGAGUCGAAGGAAUUGAGAUUAAGGAAAAGCUCGGUGAGGGAAGUUUUGGUGAAGUUUACAAAGCAAAGUGGAAUGGGAAUCUUGUAGCGGUGAAACGAUUGAAAGAGGAAGUUGCUUGGGGCCAUCCGAAAGUGUUGGAGCAGUUCAAAAGAGAAUGCACAUUUCUGAGAGAAUUGGACCACCCAAACAUCGUGAAACUGCUCGACGCGAUUUUCCCGCAAGGCAACUUGCCAGUUCUCAUUACAGAGCUUCUGUUUUGCGAUCUCUUUACGUACUACAAUAACUCCAAAACGACUCCCAAAGUUUCACUCGAUGAAACGAUCAAUAUCAUGCUGGAUGUCGGUGAAGGCUUGAAAUUUUUGCAUGUUCGGGAGGAUCCGAUCGUUCACCGCGACAUAAAAUCGCAUAACAUUUUACUGGACUCAAAACUGAGAGCCAAGAUUGCGGACCUUGGUCAAGCCAAAGAAUUUCCUGGGUUAGGAGCCGGGCGCUGUGCUACCGCUACCCCCGUCCCUGGCGGUACAACAUACAUGGCACCGGAAACUUUUCCCAGCGAUAGUUAUCACUCAAAUUGUCGUUUGGUUGAUUACGGAGCGGAAAUUGACAUCUUCUCAUUUGGUGUUGUCCUACUUGAGGUAACGGUAGGCCACCAGCCGUCUCCAAGGCCAUUGCUGAUUCCAUACGGCAGAGGUAAGAGCCAUGUCACGGGUGAAGACUAUAAUGGGACUCAGAGGGGAGGGAAAAGUUUUCACCAUGUUACAAAAGGCACGUCUCUGUGCAUAUGCUGAGAGUCUAGUCGGAAUCACUUUAACUGUGUUUUUCAAUAAAGGUCAGGGAGAAGUGAAGAAGACCUUGAUACGUGCCACCUUUUUACUUUUGGAGAGGAGGAUAUUGACUCCCGGGGGGGAGGGAGGGGGGAGAACUGCCAUAUAUGUACCAUGUACCGUGGCCCAGAAGGGUCACACAUGCAAAUUAAAAAUGUUGCUGCAAAUUAAAAAUAGUACAUGCAAAUUAAAAAUUGUACAUGCAAACUAAAAAUAUCACAUGCAAAUUAAAUAUGGUACAUGCAAACUAAAAAUUGUGCUACAAAUUAAAAAUGAAAAGUCCUGCGCGCGCAGUAUGAGUGAUGACGACCUGGUCCAAGCCGUGCGACCUGGCCUUACAGCAGUCGGCCCAUUCAUAUUUCAUGUUUGUAAUAUUUUUAGUUUGCAUGUACAAUUUUUAAUUUGCAUGUACUAUUUUUAAUUUGCAGCAACAAUUUUAAUUUGCAGGUAAAAUUUUCAGUUUGCAUCUGGGCUACCGUAUAUAUGGGCUGUAUAGGUAUGUGCCGCUGUGAAGGGUAUGGUUUUCAAGCACUUUACUCUGGGAUAGGAUAUAUAAAUCGGAGAGUUUGGGUCUAGCACAGGAUAUCAUUUUCCAGGAAACUGUUGAAGAUUUUAGUCUAGACUAGGGAAACCGUUCCGGGAAUUGCCACUCAAAAAAAUUUAUAUGAAAAAAUCAAAUCGGAUUUGUUUUGGCUGGUCUGUGUUUGUGACCUCAGUAGUUUCUGGAAAACAGCUACUCUGGGAUAGGGGGGCGAUUUGGGGAGUUUAGUCUAGUAUAGGGUAGCAAAAUUCACUUGAAAGAGCUCUAGUGUAGCCUAAGAGUUCCAGGGUCCCAGAGGCUCAUCCCCACCCAAAAAUUCCUAAAGUACCUCCACCUCUCCAGGUAUUGACUCUGGAACAGGGUCUAUUUUUCUCCACAAGACAUGAUUAUUCUCGAUCAAGCUUUGGUGGAAAGUGACUUUGCUCCCCUUGAUGUCCAAUUGAGUUCUUCUUACCUGAGUCAUAUUCGGUACAUUAUUUCUUUUUUCUCAUUCCCAGUGGAGGAACAAAUUUGUCUACUUUGAAAAGUGAGAUAUUAUUUUAUGAGAAGCAACAACAAGGGUAGUUUUAACUCACCCCAUCCCUUUGGAAGUCCAAUUACGGUUCAAACCUUCCUUUACAAUUUUGAUCUUUUAUGACCUCCUCAUCCGUCCAAGAAAUUCCAAUAAUAAUUCUCCAUGGGGUGUUCAUUUUCUGUCAUCAUACAGUCCAUUUAGGUGCCUGACUAAAAGGCAUUGAGAGAUAAGGGAAGGUGCCAAGAGGGUGCAGAGAGCACAGAUUGUGAAAGGCUCCCUUGUCUGUUGCAUUUUACCCACUUACCUGAUACCAAGAGCUACCUUAUAAAGAAGACUUGACUUUCUUUCUUGCAGAUGGACACUUAGUUCCAGAGCAUAGCCGUAGACGGAAGGAGCUUGGAGAGAUGGGCACUCUUCACCCCCUCAGAGAUAUGGUCCUACAAUGUCUUGAAAACGACCCCAGAAGAAGGCCUACUAUUAUUCAAGUGAUAAAGGGUCUGCAAAGAAAUGACGGAAGCCAGAGAAGAAUUGAGUUGAAAAUAGCAGUCCUAGGGAGCUCUGGAGUUGGUAAAUCCCUCCUGAUAAAACGGUACGUGGACUCAGACUUCCCUUUUGAGCUUGUUAGACCUACAAUUGGUGUCGAUCAUCAGUCGGUCCCUUUGGAGAUUGGAAAUCAACUUGUCAUUCUCAGAAUUGUUGAUCCGGCAGGGCAGGAGAGAUUUGAUAGCAUAGCACCUGCACUCUUCAGGGGUUCCCACGGGGCUUUCCUUGUGUAUGACAUCUCCGAGCAACGGAGUUUCGCUGCGCUUCCGAAAUACCUGGAUUUCAUUGCAACGUCUUGUGGUGAAGACGUCAAGGUCAUGCUAAUAGGAAACAAGGCUGACUUGCCAAGACGGGUCAAUUUUGAAAGCGCUCAAAAUUACGCAACGUUUUACAAAAUGGAGCAUCUUGAAGUUAGCGCCAAGACCUUAGAUAAUGUGGAUGAAAUGUUCGAGCGUUUAGCCAGAAAGAUUUUAGAUUCGUUAGACGAAAGUGAUAUACAUAUCCUAGAGAAAACGUUAUCUCGACAGCAGUCUCGGAUUCAUCUCACUGAUGGCGAGCAGCCAAAAUCGGGAUGUAACUGUUAG